AUGCUUCCUUGUGAAGUGUGUAAAUAUUUGCAUGCACACUUCUCCCUCCCACCGCACACACACUUUCCUCCCCUGUAUUGUAAAUGGGAGGGAAGAGAGUUGAGGCCAGAGAUGGGAGCCCUUGGAAACCUUCCCAGCACCACUUGCAGCUCCAGAAUGGUAAUGCAGGAAAGAGAAAGCAAGUAUUUUGGAGGCACCAAGGAAGAAAAGGCAAAGUUGGAAAUCCUGCAAUUGUUCCUCUGCAUCAGAAGACAAGCCCCGGCCAUGAAGCCACUCACAGAAGAGGCUGUAGAACAGUAUAUCCAGAAUCAGGUGGACCUGAGGCACCGGAUGGUGUCCAAGGCUGUGGAUGAAGUGCAGAAGAUCAUACUGCAGCUAACCACAGAAAUUAGCAACAAGGACUCUCGUUUCCAGGCAAUCUCCAACUCUGGCAUUCAUAACGAAAACAUGAAGGAUCAGCCAGCCUUACUGGCCAAGUGGUCAGCUCUGCUUCAGGGGAAGCGCCCAUUCCACCCAUCUCUCCAGGUCUUAGCACCCAGCCAGUUCCUCAUCACUAUCCCCUUGCUUGGCCUGAUGGGCUACAAAGAGCGCCAGGUUCGGCACUGGCGUUACUACACGGCACAUGGAGCAAAGCUCCUGUCUCCGGUCAGGGACCCAGAGGAGCUGCAGCAGUGGCUGGAAGUGGAGCAGUUCUCCCAGAGUGUGCAGCAGUGGCAUGAGACAGACGUCAACAUCGAGGGUGACCUUGUGCCUGCCAAAGUCCUGGCUGUCUUCCGAGAACUCGUGGAGAAAUCCAUCCUCUCGUGCCAUCUGACAGACAGAGUCAGCACUUUAGAAGGCUCCAGCUCAGUGGUCCGUGUUGCUGUGGAGACCUCCAGUUUCCAGGUGGACGUCGAGCUGGCUCCGACGAUUGAGAUCCCAACUUGUUGGCCUCAGAAAAUCAAGUGGCCCCGAUGCCUCAAGCGCUGGCCUAGCCAGGAAAAAGUGCAAUGUGUUAAGUCUUUUGGAUUUGACCUCUUGGCCUCUUCCAAUUACCACUGGCAACUGAGCUUCUCACGAGCUGAGCACAUACUGAUGGAAGGACUUGAUGAGGAUGGCGGUUGCCGCAUGAAAUGCUUCCGGGUUAUGAGACAGAUGAAAGAGGAUGUCUGGUGUGCAGGAAAUAAACACAUCCUCACAACCUUUCAUCUGCAGAUGGUGCUUUUUUGGACUUGCGAGAAGUACCCGCGCUCCAAGGACUGGCGCUGCUUCCACAAAGGCUUUCUGCGGAUGGUCCGGAAGUUGCACAAAUGUGUGAGCCAGCACUUCCUGAAGCACUACUUCAUCAAGGACACCAACCUGCUGAAGUACACCAACACCAACGACCUGGACGUAGUGGCAGGAAAACUGACUGUCUUCUUGGAGAACCCGAUGCUUCCCCUAAACUGAGAGGGAUAAAAAGAGGCCUCUGAGCCACUUCUGUCCUCUUCCUUAGUUCCUCUGUAAUGUUUGUGGUUACUCCGUGAGUAGCGAGGGUAGAGGCAAAUUGAUAGAACAUAGACGUGAGCUGUUUUGCCCUCUGCCUCCCUGUGACUUGCUUGCCUUGGACCCAUCUCUUUACCCUCCAAGAACAGGAGAAAAAGACAUAUUGGGCAAUGGAGAGAAGUUGGGGUGCUCCCCUCACCCUUUGUUUUUACAUGUUCUAUGGAUUCUGAGUUUAAAACCAGUUAUGCCAUAUUGGGAAUGCAGAAUAAGCAUUCUGGAGUGAUCACA